GCAAAAUGCUAUACGGAUUAGUUUAUUUUUUCUUUUUGUCGACAAUUCAAGCAACAACGUCACCAUGUUCGGAUGAAUUCUCUGCAACAAAAUGUUCCAAUGAGCAAAGCGAUAUGAUUUGCCAGAAAGCAUUUCCGGUCAACGAAGCUUUUCCAAUAAUAAAUGCACAUUGUUCAAACAGCAAAGCGCAUGGAGUGGAAGAAUGCCGAAAACAAUGUCGCAGUUGCUGUCAACAUCCAGAUUUCAUGUGUACAGAUAAGAAAGAUAUGUUUCAUUCUGAGCUGAACUGUCGUAUGAUAGCAGAAAAAGGUCAUUGCACUACGACAGAUGUGACAUUUAAAGCAAUCCUAGCAGUAGAAUGUGCUAGUAGUUGUGGCCUAUGUAGGCAUGGUGGAUGCACGGAUAAUAACUAUUUGUUAUGCUCCAUGCUUCAAAAUCUUUGUGAACUAUCAGAUUAUCAUGAACUUAUGGUGAAAAAAUGCAAGCGUACAUGUAAUUUGUGCACUGUUGAUAUGCAAUAUCCAGGUUGGAUUUACAACAAAGAAACAAAUGCUCAUUAUAAAUUUAUCAAUGCGAUUUCUCAAAGCGAAAAUAUAAGUGCAGUGAAAUAUGAACGAAUGUGUGCCGAGGAAGAUGCGCAUUUGGUCUCAAUACAUUCUGAAGCAGAAAAUACAUUUGUAUAUGGAUUAGCCAGCUGUGAAAGAGUUUUCAUCGGUUUGCGUGGACAAACGAGUAAUCGAUUUGAAUGGUUGGAUGGAAGUGUCGUAGAUUUCAAAAAUUUUUUUCCCGGCUUUCCGCUUGGUACCCACUACUGUGCUUAUAUGACUGGAGAUAGUAUGUUCUGGUAUACAGAUUCCUGUUACACGAAAGGUUGUGCAGUAUGUAAGAAAGUUAGUUGA